GGCCGGGAGCGGCCAUGUCCCACGGCCCCAAGCAGCCCGGCGCGGCCGCCGCGCCGGCGAGCGGCAAGGCUCCAGGACAGCAUGGGGGCUUCGUGGUGGCUGUCAAACAAGAGCGCGGAGAGGUCCCUCGGGCCGGAGAGAAGGGGUCGCACGAGGAAGAGCCCGUGAAGAAGCGCGGCUGGCCCAAGGGCAAGAAGCGGAAGAAGAUCCUGCCAAAUGGGCCAAAGGCACCGGUCACCGGCUACGUGCGCUUCCUGAACGAGCGGCGCGAGCAGAUCCGCACGCGCCACCCGGACCUGCCCUUUCCCGAGAUCACCAAGAUGCUGGGCGCUGAGUGGAGCAAGCUGCAGCCAGCGGAGAAACAGCGGUACCUGGAUGAGGCCGAACGGGAGAAGCAGCAGUACAUGAAGGAGCUGAGGGCGUACCAGCAGUCAGAAGCCUACAAGAUGUGCACGGAGAAGAUACAGGAAAAGAAGAUCAAGAAAGAGGACUCCGGCUCUGGGCUCAUGAAUACCCUUUUGAAUGGACACAAGGGUGGGGACUGUGACGGCUUCUCCACCUUCGACGUCCCCAUCUUCACUGAAGAGUUCUUGGACCAAAACAAAGCGCGGGAGGCGGAGCUGCGGCGCCUGCGGAAGAUGAACGUGGCGUUCGAGGAGCAGAACGCGGUGCUGCAGAGGCACACGCAGAGCAUGAGCAGCGCGCGCGAGCGCCUGGAGCAGGAGCUGGCGCUGGAGGAGCGACGGACGCUGGCGCUGCAACAGCAGCUCCAGGCCGUGCGCCAAGCACUCACUGCCAGCUUCGCCUCGCUGCCGGUGCCAGGCACUGGCGAGACUCCGACACUCAGCACCCUGGACUUCUACAUGGCCCGGCUACACGGCGCUAUCGAGCGCGACCCCGCCCAGCACGAGAAGCUCAUCGUCCGCAUCAAGGAGAUCCUGGCCCAGGUUGCCAGUGAGCAUCUAUGAGAGUGUUGGCCGCCCCACGGAUCCACAGAAGACUAAGCUCCGGUCUCCGCCCCUCCCCCAGCCCCACCCAGUAGCAGAGGGGUGGGGGGGGUCCAUUCUUUGGGGCCAGGCCCGAUCCUGCACCUUGGGGGCUACAGUCCCCCUAAAAUUAGAUUUCUCCAGCACCCCUCUAGCUUUCAAUAUCCCCAGCACCCCAACCCAGAAAAAUCACCCACCGUGCACAGCACACA